GGUUGGUUGGUUGGUUGAUAGGUUGGUUGGUUGGUUGGUUGGUUAGUUUGGUUGAUAGGUUGGUUGGUUGGUUGGUUGAUUGGUUGGUUGGUUGGUUUGGUUGAUAGGUUGGUUGGUUGGUUUGGUACUGGGGAUGAAGCCAUGCCAGGAAAAUGUGUUACCAAGCUAUAACCCCAGCCCCAUCCGAUAUUGAUUUGCAAUUUUAAAAUUACAUGUACGUAUGUAUAUUUGUAUGUAUGUGUGUAUAUGUAUGUAGCAACAGUUCCAGAGUGGAGGUCAGAGGACAACUCGUGAGAGUUGAUUCUCCUACCUUUUGAAUUCUAGAGAUGGGAUUCAAGUUAUCAGGCUUGGAUACACCUUUACUCCUGAUCAUCUCCUGAGCCCUUCUUCCCCAUUAAAUACUAAGUAUUAAUUGUGUGUGUGUGUGUGCACAGCACUUGAAAGAGCAUUUGGGGGUACAUGUAUCUUGGAGGAUGACUCUGUGAUCUGUGGCUAAGUGGAAGUACAGUCAGGACAGAGAAAGCCUUCGUUAGGGUGGCAUGGGAGCAGCCGUCAUUCGUUCAUUCACUCAGCAAGCAGUAAGCAGGUCUAUCAGGUCCUCUUGGGAGUAUUCAGGGUGUUCCCGUGAAUCCUAACCUACACCUUCCUCAGGACAAGCAGAGGAGCUGAGUAAGGUUCAUAGCGUGCCGAGGGGUGAUGGAAGUGUAUGUGGCUGUGAUAGGUAGGAAGAGAUCUGGACGAGGUAGCAGGCAAGCAUGCGGCUCUGGAGGAAAGAUGUGCCAGCAGACAGUGGAGUGCAAGCUGAGCACAGAGCAUGCAUGAGUGGUGAGCCCUGCACUUGUGGCUCCACAGGGCUGGGAACCAGGCACACAAAGAGCCGGUGCAGGCCAUUUCAGUUGUGUAAGAAGAGCAGGAAAGAGGGAGUUGGCCUUUACAGUAAUGGGAGUGGAGUUUCUCCGAGAGGAGCUUGUUUUAAAGGGGUACUCUCUGUGGGACAGGGGACACAUUUUAAGAAAAAGCAGAGGCAGAGGGACCUCUGUCUGUCCUCACCUGAGAGAUGGAGUAGCUUUUCCCCGUCCUGUCAGUGUGGCUGCUCCUUAAUGUGCACGGGCACCCCUCAAGCGCUGCAGGAGCAUUUCUCCCCUCAAGCGCUGCAGGGCCUUUUCAGUGGGCACCCCAGUGUAAUGGCACACAAAGGGAUUGACUGAGAGAGGCAGCUGUGAGGGGACAGCUUUGAGUGGAAGGAAAGAGUGUACGCAGGAGAGAAGGCUGGGCUGCGCACUAAACAGAAGGCCCAACAGUUAAAAGCUUUUACUUGCACGUCACAAAAUCGGUUCUCAAGCAAGCCAGUCACUUGGAAGCAUAACCAGAAAUCACCGUAGCUAACCGCAUUGGGACCAGACAGACAUGUGUUCUCCCCACCUCCCUGAAGAAAUCUGCCUCAGGUUUUCCCUCCUUGUCCUUCCCGAGCUUCCUGCAGAGUGGUGUGUUAGGUGGGAAACAUUGUAGACUUCAUUCACUUCACCCACCAAAAAAUCCAGUUCCCAGCAAAUGAGAUGACAGCAUUUGUGUGCAAGCAUGGGGACUGGACUCUGGGUCACCAGCCCCCAAAACAAGAGCCAUGUGGACUGGGCUGGCAGUGACCUGUAAUCCCAGAACCCAGGAGUCAGAGAUGUACACGCCAAGGCAAGCUGGCUAGCUAGUCUCGCCACUGGCAAACUCUAGGUUCAGUUGAAGGACACUGCCUCAAUAAAUAAAAAUGGAAAUUAAUCUUGGAAGGGGUCUGGUAACCACCUCAGACCUCCACACUUGCAUGCCUACAGAUGCACAUACACAUGCACUCACACUUGCGGCCAUACAGACCCACCAUACACACACAGCAGACACGCAGGCCUUCCUGAGUAACUCUGGUCCCAGCGUGACAUUAAUUGGGUGUGGUGGUGCACACCCGUCAUCUCCGUGCCCGGGAAGAGGAGGUAGGAGGACUCUAAGCUAAGGCCAGUUCACGGGAGCCUUCAAGCGGUACAGGGUAGACAAGGCCGCACCGCUUUCCAAGUUGGGCAAACUCAGAUGUUACUUCUGUGAUGACUGAACGGUCCUCACCCCUGACCUAGCUCCAGAUGCAUUUCAGUGGAGAGCAUUAUUAGCAUACACGAGGCCUUGGGUUCAAUCUGCAGAAGCAAGUAGGGGUACUCGGGGUGGAUAUUGUCCACUCUUUACUUCUCUGCAGUUGAAAGGUGGAACCCAGGGUCUUAUGACCUUGAGGUCCACCAGCCUUACUCAUAUCCUUCUAACAAGUCCCCCCUCCCUGCCGCUCCCCCUGCUUUAUUUUAGAUUGGUUUUGUGUGUGGCAUCACUCAUGACUGGUGACCACGGAGGCCAGUAGAGGGUGUCAGAUCCUUUGGAUCUGGAGUUACAGAAAGUUGUGAGCUCUGAGUGGCUGGGAACCAAAGGAAACCUCUGCAGGGGCAACUGGUUCGAACCACUGAGCCUCUCCAGGCCUCCCCACGUCCCCUCCUCUCGGUGAGGCAGUGGUCUCACUGCGUGUAUGUAGCUCAGGCUAGUCUUGAGCCUUUCUCCAUUGUGAGCCUCCCAUAUUGCAGGCCUGUGUCACCAUGCUCAGCUCAAUUCUUCAAAAAAAAUUUUUGGUCUUUGUUUUUGGUUUUUGUGUUUUGGUUUUUGGGUUUGGGGUGUGUGUGUGUGUGUGUGUGUGUGUGUGUGUGUGUGUGGUUUGUUUUGAGACAGGGUUUCUCUGUGUGUGUGUGUGUGUGUGUGUGGUUUGUUUUGAGACAGGGUUUCUCUGUAUAGCCCUAGAUGUCCUGGAACUCUCUCUGUAGACCAGGAUCUCGUAAAUUUGCAUGCCUGUCUUGAAACCCUGUCUUGAAAAAAUGUAAAGUAUCUUGUAAGUAUAUUAACUACAUGUUCUUUUUUUUUUUUUUUCUUUUUCUUUUUUUUGGAGCUGGGGACCGAACCUAGGGCCUUGCACUUGCUAGGCAAGUGCUCUACCACUGAGCUAAAUCCCCAACCCCUUAACUACAUGUUCUAAUUAAUAUCUUAGAUAUGCUGGGCUACUUAUAAUUAUACUUUUAGAAAUUUGGGGCACUGAAUCAGGGAAGUGGCUCAGAGUGUAAAUCCACUUGCCCGGGAGUCUGAAGUCCUGGGCUUACUGCCUGCACCCUGUGAAAAGGCAGAUGUGGGGGUGCACAUGUAAUCUUAGCACUCCAGAGGUAAGGUGGGAAGUGGAGACAGGAGAGUGCCUCAUCCCAGGUGACCUGGGUCUGCAGUGCAGCAGCUAGCCAGAGAGCCUCCUAGCUCCAAAAAGCUGUCCUCUGACUUCACACACAAGCAUGAUGUCCGCACGCAUGCCCGUGUGAGAGCACACACACUUACCUCCCCUUCCCUCCCUCAAGAGAUUUUAAAGUGGGGCUCUAGGAGGCAGCCCAGAGCAGGCUGUGUACCUGGGCAUGUGUCAAGUCCUGGGUGACCCCCAGCCCCCACACACUUGCUGCUAGAAAAUUCACACUUUCAGUAGCUCUCCCUGUAACCUUUGUGUUGGAAAGGACAGCCACGCUUGGCCUUCUGGGAGCUGCUAAGUCAGGAAAAGGAGUUGGGGAAGAAGGCAGGCUCCGUGGGAAGCGACUUUCAUCCAGCAGAUGGGCAAUUUACCUUGUAAAUUACCACAGAGAGGAGGCCCAGAGAGGCCUGUGGUGCACAGGCAGCGUCUCUCCAGUGGGACCGCUGCUGUUUGGUUCAUAAGGUAUCUGUUCCUGGUGUGCUGGCAUCUACCUGUAGUCCAGCUACUGAGGAGCCUGCCAGGGAGGUCACUUGAGCAAAACCCCAUCUCAACAAAGAAAGACGCGGUUCCCCCCUAGUCUUCCUCAGGUUAGACUCCGUGCCUUCGGCAAGCACAUGCUAGGAACUCUGAUUGAUAAUGCUCCUUUUCCUCCGAGGUUUGAAAUGCUGACUUUACUAUCCUCAUUAUACUUAGAGAUUGUUUAAUUAUACUUUUAUUUUCAAAUAUUUUAAUACAUUUAUUUGCUGCACAUACUAGAGAAGGGAGGAUAACAGGUAGGAGACCUCUACCUACCAUGGAGGUCUUGGGCAUCACAGUCAAGCUUGUCAUAAGCACCUCUGUCUGCUGAGCCACUCACUGUCCUGUGGCUUUUAGAUUUCUUUGCUUAUUUUGAGGUAGGGUCUCACUCUGCGGCCAUGUGUGUGUGUGUGUGUGUGUGUGUGUGUGUGUGUGUGUGUGUGUGUGUGUGUGUGUGUGUGUUGUGAGAGCCUGGCCGAGCAGUUUACUUGAGGCAUAUUAAAGCAUGAGACUUUUCCCGGUGGUAAUGAACUUAGCCCUACGUGUAGUGUAGUGAGAUGUGGCACAUGUGACAUCUUCCAUAAAGGUGGGCUCUGUAGAUGGACAGGCUCAUGACAAGGGCCUGGGAGGGGUCUGCUGUGCUCGCAGCCACAUAGUGCAGUGGUUACUAGGCCAUUCAUUCAUUAAGCACGUCUGCUCCUGGCCUUCUGCGUGGAAGCAGGUUUUACAUCCCUUCCUUUAAUGGAGCAAGCCUGUGUAUUUAACAUGCCCAACUCCCUGAGUGCUUAUGUGUGAAAGCAAGGACUAUAGCCGUGGGUGGACUGGCACUCCCCAUGUGGUCCAGGCUAGCCUUGAACUCUCAGUGGUGCCUCAGCCUCCCGAGUGCUGGGAUUAAAGGUGUAGCCAGCAGGCUCAGCCUGUUACUACUUUGUUUAUGGAAGAUGAUUACUUCGUGACCCAGGCCAGUCUUGAACUCAGAACCCUUCCUUGGCCUCUGUCCUGCUACAUUACAAGCUAAAUCAUUUUAAACUUUUGUUUAAAAGUCCUCUCAUGUUUCUCCUUUAAAACUUGAUUUUGCCACACAUUCUCCUUGAGGUGCCCUUAGGAAGGGGAAUCCUCAGCAACUCCUCUGUCUGUUGGUUGUUUCCAUAGGGCUGUUUUCCUUGGAACAUGCUGCAAAGCCAAGACAUUUUACAUGGUACUCAUUGACAGAGCAGUGGGAUUGAAGAGCGAGCGUAACCAGUCAGGGCUUCACCACAGAAAGCACUGUUGUUUAGAACUGCUCCAUCUCUGGCCUUCUCCCCUCCGAGGCUGGGUGUCCAGCCCAGACUGGCCUCCAACUCCUGAUCCUCCUGCCUCUACCUCCCAAGUGUUAGAAUGAAAUCUUUUUAAUUAAUUUUUUCCCAUUUUAUUUGAUAUAUGUGGAUGUUUUGCUUGCAUAUAUUUCUGUGUACCGUGUCCAUACAGUGUCUGUGCACCGUGUCCAUACAGUGUCUGUGCACCGUGUCCAUACAGUGUCUGUGUACCGUGUCCCUACAGUAUCUGUGCACCGCGUCCAUACAGUGUCUGUGCACCGUGUCCAUACAGUGUCUGUGCACCGUGUCCAUACAGUGUCUGUGUACCAUGCCCAUACAGUAUCCACAGAGCUGCAGAUCCUGGGGCUGGAGUGCAGAUGGCGGUCAGCUGCCAUGUCAGUGCUGCAGACUGAAUCAGAGUCCUCUACGGGAGCAGCUGGUGCUCUUUCUCUCCAGCCCCUAAUUAAUUUUGGGUGUGUGUGCAUGUAGUGUAUGCCACACAUAUGUGUGGGUGUGCAGAGAUCUGGGGCUACUGUCACACGGACUUCUCUCUUACCCUUCCUCGUGUUUUUUUAGGCACGCUCAGUGUCUACCUGUGUCUGGUUUAGUUUUUGUUUUCCAUGGGUCCCAGAGAUCUGACCUCAAUCACCAUUGCUUAGGCAGCAAGUCCCUUACAUACUGAGCCACCCCCCAACCCUGGAGCUGCCUCAUUAGUUUUGAUGUGUUCAGUGAACUUUAGGCUUGGGUGGGGCAGCUCGCCUCCCUGACAGCACGUAACAGUGUCUUUUUUUUUUUUUUUUUUUUUAAGUAGAAAAAAAACAGGAGCUAAUGUGAUAACUCAGUUAGGAACGGCGUCUGCUGCCAAGCCUGCCAACUUGGUUCCUUACCCAGGACCAGUUGUCAUGGAUGAUGACGAUGACUCCUGUCUCCUCGAUCUUAUUGGAGACCCACAAGCAUUGAACUAUUUUCUGCACGGACCUAGCAGUAAAUCGAGCGGCGAUGACGUGACGAACGCAGGGUAUUCUGCAGCCAAUUCUAAUUCAAUUUUCGCCAACUCCACGAACGCUGACCCUAAGUCAUCCCUCAAAGGUGUAAGUAACCAGCUCGGAGAAGGGCCCAGUGACGGGCUGCCGCUUGCAAGCAGCCUUCAGUUUCUUGAAGAUGAACUUGAGUCUUCUCCUCUCCCUGAUCUCAGUGAGGACCAACCCUUUGACAUUCUUCAGAAAUCCUUGCAGGAGGCUAAUAUCACUGAACAGACGCUGGCAGAAGAGGCAUAUCUGGAUGCCAGUAUAGGCUCGAGCCAACAGUUUGCACAAGCCCAGCUUCAUCCUUCUUCAUCAGCAUCCUUUACUCAGGCUUCUAAUGUUUCUAAUUACUCAGGUCAGACACUGCAGCCUAUCGGGGUGACUCACGUGCCUGUCGGAGCAUCGUUUGCAAGCAAUACAGUGGGUGUACAGCAUGGCUUUAUGCAACACGUGGGGAUCAGUGUUCCCAGCCAGCAUUUGCCCAAUAGCAGCCAGAUCAGUGGCUCCGGUCAGAUUCAGUUAAUCGGGUCCUUUGGUAAUCAGCCUUCCAUGAUGACUAUUAAUAACCUAGAUGGCUCUCAAAUCAUAUUGAAAGGCAGUGGGCAGCAAGCCCCGUCCAGUGUGAGUGGGGGGCUUCUGGUUCACAGACAGACUCCUAACGGCAACUCUUUGUUUGGGAACCCCACUUCCAGCCCCGGAGCACAGCCUGUCACCGUCCCAUUUAACAGCACAAAUUUUCAAGCAUCUCUACCUGUGCAUAACAUCAUUAUUCAAAGGGGUCUCGCACCAAAUUCAAAUAAAGUCCCAAUUAAUAUCCAGCCAAAGCCGAUCCAGAUGGGUCAGCAGAGUACAUACAAUGUGAACAGCCUUGGACUCCAGCAGCACCACGUCCAGCAAGGGAUCUCCUUCGCCUCUGCAAGCUCGCCCCAGGGCUCCGUGGUUGGUCCACACAUGUCUGUGAACAUUGUCAACCAACAGAACGCGAGGAAGCCUGUCACCUCACAGGCGGUGAGCAGCGCAGGGGGCAGCAUUGUUAUUCACUCCCCCAUGGGCCAGCCUCACACACCCCAAAGUCAGUUCCUUAUACCCACAAGCCUUUCUGUCAGCUCCAACUCGGUCCACCAUGUCCAGACUAUAAAUGGGCAACUUGUUCAGACUCAGCCCUCCCAGCUCAUCUCUGGCCAAGUGGCCUCAGAGCAUGUCAUGUUGAAUAGGAAUUCUUCUAACAUGCUCAGGACCAACCAACCAUAUGCCGGACAGAUGCUCAACAACCAGAGUGCCGCUGUCCAGCUGGUGUCUGGGCAGACUUUUGCCACCUCUGGAAGCCCAGUGAUCGUCAACCAUGCCUCUCCUCAGAUCGUGGGAGGACAGAUGCCCUUGCAGCAGGCCUCACCAACUGUGCUACACCUGUCGCCUGGGCAGAGCAGUGUUUCCCAAGGAAGGCCAGGCUUCGCCACCAUGGCCUCGGUGAGCAGCAUGUCAGGACCUGCUCGGUUCCCCGCCGUCAGCUCAGCUAGUACUGCCCACCCUACUCUUGGGCCUGCAGUACAGUCUGGGGCAUCAGGAUCAAACUUUACGGGAGACCAGCUGACACAGGCAAACAGAACUCCGGUACCCGUCAGUGUGUCCCACCGUCUUCCAGUCUCUGCUUCCAAAUCUCCCAGCACCUUGAGCAGCACCCCGGGGACUCAGCAGCAGUUCUUCUGUCAGGCUCCGAAGAAGUGUUUGAACCAGACCGCCCCCAUUCCCACCCCCAUUCCCACGUCCAAGACCACAGACAGCCUGCGGCAACCACAGAUCCCUGGGCUCUUGAGCACAGCACUGCCAGGACAGGAUUGUGGAAGCAAAAUUAUGCCAGCACCCUUGGGGACCACACAGCCACAGCAGGAAAACUCAGUUGGAUCUUCCCCGAGCCAGACAGCCGUGCAGGUGGACAGUCAUUCAGGACAGAAGAGGCCUGCUGCCAAACAGCUGACUAAAGGAGCUUUCAUCCUCCAGCAGUUACAGAGGGACCAAGCCCAUGCUGUGACACCCGACAAAAGCCAGUUCCGAUCACUGACUGACACCGUGCAGAGACUGCUCUCCUACCACGUGUGCCAAGGCUCCAUGCCCACGGAGGAAGACCUGAGCAAAGUGGACAGUGAAUUUGAAGAAGUCGCCACUCAGCUCCUCAAAAGGACCCACGCUAUGCUGAACAAAUACAGAUCCCUGCUCCUCGAAGACGCCAUGAGGAUCAACCCCUCUGCAGAGAUGGUGAUGAUUGAUAGGAUGUUCAACCAGGAGGAAAGAGCUUCCCUGUCACGGGACAAGCGUCUGGCGCUCGUAGAUCCUGAGGGUUUUCAGGCCGAUUUCUGUUGUUCCUUUAAACUUGACGAAGCUGCACCUGAGACACCGCUUGACAGGAGUGACCAGCAUCGCAGCAAAACCAGCUCGCUCCAUCAGGUGCCCAGGGCCCAAAGCAGAGACCGAGCCAAGCCAGGCGUGGCAGAAGCAACGAAUCAUGACCAGUUUCAUCUAGUGCCUAACCACAUAGUGGUCUCUGCAGAGGGAAACAUUUCUAAAAAGUCAGAAGGCCACAGUAGAACACUGAAAUUUGACAAAGGGGUCUUAGGCCAAUACCGGGGUCCGCCUGAGGACAAGGGCGGCCGGAGGGACCCUGCCAAGGCCAGCGGGUGCUCUCCAGGCCCUGAAGGCCACCGCAAAACUUUGCCCAGGCCAGACCAUGGCUCUGAGAGCAAGCUCCCGGGUAUCCUGGCCAGCUCGCACAUGGAGAUGCCGUGCCUCGACUCCUUCCAGGACAAAGCCCUGAGGAAUUCCCCAAAGAAUGAGGUUUUACACACAGACAUCAUGAAAGGGUCGGGUGAACCCCAGCCAGAUCUCCAGCUCACCAAGAGCCUAGAGAAAACCUUUAAGAACAUCCUGGAACUCAAGAAUGCGGGGCGGCCGCAGAACGACCCAGCGGCCAGCGGCGCGGUGGACCUGGACUUCCCCAGCUUUUCUCCAAUGGCUUCGCAGGAAAACUGCCUGGAAAAGUUCAUCCCGGACCACAGCGAAGGCGUUGUAGAAACGGACUCCAUUUUAGAAGCAGCUGUAAAUAGUAUCCUAGAGUGUUAAUAGCAGCCGUCCUCCCCCAGACCCUGCCCUGGACCAGUUACAUUCUCUCCCAGCAAAGCAAAUGGAAACGUCUCCUGUCCCCAGCCUGCUUGGUCCUCCGUCACAGGUUAUCUUUCUAAUCUCCACCCUGUUCUUUUGAAGAGCAAUACAUGUCUUCGUGGCUGCAGAGAGACCCUCAGUAAACCCCCCUCUCUAGAAAGCAGUCCGAUAGGCCCUCCACAUUUCAAGUGUCAUGGAAGUUUUAUGGCCAUUGUUGGUUAAUUUGUUUUGUGGUUUGUUUCUUAGCACUGUCACUCGAGACCACAGUACACUUGGCCCUGGGUAACAUUUUGACAAUCAUAAGUCAUUUCAAAAGAACAGACUUAUUAAAGAAAAAUCAAACAGGACUGAUAGAAGCCACUUUUUUAAAGACUCUCUCACUGCAGCUCCAAAGUAGUGGUUUGCUUUUGUUCUGUUUUGGGGGAGAGGGUAUUUGCGUAGGGAAGACCCCAUGACUCUCCUCCAUGCUCGGCCCUCUGAGCAGUGACAGCCAGUGCUCUGCCUGGAACCCCACAGGCCUGGCCUUAGACGCCAGUAGCACAGCGCAGAGCACCCUCAGACUGCCAGUGCUGUGUGACGCUGCUGAAGCAAAGCCUUUUGGGUUUGUUGUUUUUUUUUUUUUUUUAAGCAUAUUUAUGUUGAAUUCUGUCUGCCAAUGUUCUGUUCUUAACCCCAGGUGUACGCCUUGAAAUUCUCACGAGCUCAGUAGGGAACAAUGGGAGCCAGUUCUAAGGCAGCAAGCUGGGGAGGCUGCUGGAGCCCCCAGGGUCUUGGUGCGUGCAGCUUAAAGAGUUUUGCGUUUUAUAACCGGGUAAAGGCAACGUAACCUAUGUUCUUUAGUGUUGCUGACUCCGUUCCAUUUAGCCUCUGUGUCUCCUCUCCCUCAGCCCACAGCCAAGGAUCAAAAGGCUUUCAACUUGAAAAUCACGCUGUGCUCUCUCAGUUGACGCUUUUGAAGGGUUCGCUGGCCUCGUUUGUGAGAAUAGUAGUCAGCAGUGUGUCAUUUAUUCCCAAACACAGUAAACCAAAGGUCACAACCAGCAGGCCACUAAAGGAAGGAACUGAGGCAGGAGACGGGCAUGUCCUGGCCCCGCCUCGCCGUGGGUGCUCCUCGCUCACCCGUGGAGCCUUCCUCUUUUUUAUUUAUGUUCUUUGCGGGGAGCGUUCCCUGUUUUCCGCUCCUGUGGGCCUGUACCAGGCAUGAUGCUUCUGUUGCUACUGGCUCUCUUCCUGCCGUAGUAACAGGUCAUGGUGCUGCUGUUUGCUGCCUCCCCACCACCUCCACCCCAGCCGUCAGCGGGGAUCGGAGGUCGUUUUGGUUACUGUGAGGGCUCGUUCCCUCCGGCCAUCCCUCUGGCUGUGUAAAUGUACCCGUUGAUUUCUGCUUCGUCAUCCCCCAACGCAGUUGUCCCUUCGGUCAUCAUGUGGAGUGUUUCUUUUCCAGAUUGGCCUGCAGUGGAAAGGAAGGCUUUUGAUUUUGACUUUGAUCUUUUUUUCAAAUAACACAGCAGCAAUCUAGGCAUGUUGGCAUACACCUGUAAUCCCAGCAGUCAGGUGACUGAAGCAGGAGUCACAGGUUCAAGGCCAAACAAGAAAAAAAGCUGAGAAAUAGCAGAGUGUGUGGACCCUUUCUACCCCUGUGUCCACUACAUAGACAAACUCUGCGAGACAGACAGACAGCCUUUGAGAGCAAUGUACCUUCUCCCACCCACAACCCAGCCAACCGAAACAGAAAACUCUGGGCUGUCUUAGAGUUGCCCUUUUCUUCCUUCUCUGUGCCAAUAUCCAAGUUGCUGACUUCCUUCCUGUAUUGUAACACAUUAGAAAGAUGAGUUAUGUGCCAGUUAGGACUCUGUCUGGGCUUCCCUGGGUUACCAGCCUGCCCUGCUCUCUCUGGCGUCACAGGCUCUUCUCAUAGCCUCAUGACCGCCUGCACACGGCUAGUGAUGAAUUACUUUAAUUAUUGCAAAUCAGUGGAAUUCUUAAGAAGUCUCGUGUAUAUUCCUUACCUCUUCCCUCCCGCUCCAGCCCCAGCUUUCUUUCCUGUCUGUCAAAUCACAGGGCUUCUCAUCCCUGACAUUGGUCCCACACACCGAGAGCCUACCGUACCAAAAUGAAACUUGUAAAUUUUUGUGUCCUUGUAUGUAAGUUUACUUUCUAUGGAGGAAAGACUCUAGAUAAUGACAAAUGAAGAUUACAAAGUGUAUUUUACUCCUGUGAUCAGGUUACACCACAUGGGUCAUAACUCACUCACGAGCCCCCGCUGGUGAAGGGAAAUGCUCUGCCUCAGUGGCCAACGGUUGGUGGUUCAGGGUCAUUAGUCAGUUGAGUUUUAGAACGCGUGCUCAGUAACAAAAAUCAUUUUUCCUUCCCUUUGUUUUUAAUCUGUUUGUUGUUGUGGAAAAGUAUGAAUUUGUUAUUACGCAUUGAUUUUCUGUGUCCUUAAGUACUGCCUAAAGAUGAAGCAAAUUUUGAAGUGGCAAUUACUAUAAGGAAAUCCUUUAGCUCUGGAGAAUUUAGUGGGCUCUGUUAGAUUGGGAGGCCUCACAGGCUGGCCGGCUCCGAGGACGGUCACUCACUGUCAGUGUGGUGUGGGCUUUAUUUGCUUAAAUACCUUCAUUUGUAUAGUAUGUCUCACUUGAAAUUGCUUUGUAUACAUUUUGUAAAAAUAUUUAUAAAAUGUUUUGUAAAAAAAAAGUAUAAGAAAUUGCAGUUUAUUUUGUUAUGUUGGAUAAAUACUGUUAAACCAGUCAGUACCUAUAUUGUUAAUCCAUGGUUAGGAAAUGUUCAGUUGGAGAUUACAGAAUGAAACAACCAUUGCAAUACAGCCAAAGAUUUGGGAAAAUGUAA